AGCAUUUGUUCUAUCAUUUGCUGAAUAUUUUACUUGGAUAAAUACUAGUUUAAUUUUUCUUUUCUUUCCAGGAAUACAGCGUGUGCUCUUUAUUUUCCUCUAACACAAUUACACACAACUCAACGUGGCAUGCAGGCCAGCGAGCAAGACUUCGAAAAGGCCAAAGAUCAACUGAAACUUUUGAAGACUGAUCCUGGUAAUGAAGUGAAGCUGAAGCUUUAUGCACUGUUUAAACAGGCAACUCAGGGUCCCUGCAGUACCCCCAAACCAGGCAUGCUAGAUUUUAUCAACAAGGCCAAAUGGGAUGCAUGGAAUUCACUUGGCUCUUUGCCACAGGAGAGUGCCAGACAGCAGUAUGUCGAUCUUGUCUCAAGCUUGAUGCCUUCAGAAUCUUCAAGUCCUGUUAAAGAGAGCCCUCCUGACAUCAAGUCCGGCUAUGAAACAAUAGAGGUCUCUACUGAGAACAACAUCACAAAGAUCGUAUUAAACCGCCCAAAACUGAAAAAUGCAAUCAGUGUAAAGAUGUAUGAAGAAAUCAUCAAAGCCCUUGAGGAAGCAGCAAAGGAUGACUCUGUUAUAACAGUUCUGACAGGAAAUGGAGAUUACUAUUGUAGUGGAAAUGACCUGAACAACUUUGCUAAUAUCUCAGCGGGUGGAAUAAAGGAAAUGGCAGAAAACGGCGCAAAGCUGCUCAAAAACUUUGUCAACCAUUUUAUUGAUUUUCCUAAGCCAUUAAUUGCUGUGGUGAAUGGGCCAGCUGUUGGAAUCUCUGUAACUGUCCUUGGGCUUUUUGACAUAGUAUAUGCUACUGACAGGGCUACAUUUCACACCCCUUUUAGCAGUCUGGGUCAGAGUCCAGAAGGAUGUUCCUCAUAUGUAUUUCCAAAAAUUAUGGGCACAGCAAAGGCAACUGAGAUGCUGCUUUUCAACAAGAAGCUGACUGCUGCAGAAGCCUGUUCAGUGGGGCUUGUUACUGAAGUUUUCCCUGACAAGACCUUCCAAAAAGAAGUGUGGGCAAGGCUAAAUGCUUACGCAAGUCUUCCCAGAAAUUCCCUGGCAAUCUCCAAGCAGUUACUCCGAAGCAUGGAAAAGGAGAAGCUGCAUGAAGUUAAUUCUCAAGAGUGUGUGCAGCUCAAAGAAAGAUGGCUAUCCGAUGAGUGCAUGAAUGCUGUAAUGAGCUUCUUGAAGAAGAAAUCAAACCUCUAAUCGCUCAUCCAACUGUGUAAAAUAGAUUUCUGCAGAACUAAUUUCUAUCCCUUUUCCUACAAGAACAAAUGUCACUAAAUAUUCCAGGUAAGUAUCCAAGACGGUGCCUUAAUUUUGACAAGGGUAAUCCGUUUAUUGUAUUGAUGCCAGAGUCGCUGAAGUCCUUAAUGGUCUCCACUGCGGAGCUCUAUCCCUUUUUGUAUCUGGACAUGAAUUUAUGAUGCCAAUCGCAUCGCAAAUUGCGGCUUGAACCACGAGCUGGGAAAGCUGUUAUCGCUUUACAUGCUGAGCAAAUCUCUUUGAAUACAACAACGAUGGUUUGCCUUCCAAAAGGGGUCACUGAUUCAAUGUCACCAAAUUUUGCAAGCUCAUGAAUAACUGAUUGCUGGUCGUGUUGGACUGAAAGGCUGUUUGGUGUCCACCUGUAGAGUCAGAAGAGACAAAAGACAACGACUGACGUAAUUUGUAUUAGCAGAAAAUCUGAAUUAAAGUAUUUGUUUAC